GUUCCAUAUGUUAUUGGCGGAGUGACAACCCUGUUAUGUUAGCACCCACUGUUAAGCGAAUUGCAUAAAAUUCCUAUUAUCUUUCAAAAAACUACUUCUUAAACGACUAAAUAAAGCAAUAUGCUAAGCAAAACAGGACACAUUGGAGCCAUGGUGCGUAGAUUCUUCGGGACCAGCCAGGUGAUGCGAGAGACGAUCAAAAACCACGAACCCAACAAUCUGGAGCGCCGUAUGUUGGUCUGGACCGGUAAAUACAAGACGCAGGCCGAGGUUCCCAAUUUCGUUAGUCAGGACGUCAUGGAGCGCUGCCGCAACAAAAUGCGCAUCCGACUGGCCAACAUAAUGAUUGCACUCACCGCCGUUGGAUGCGCUAUUAUGGUGUACAGUGGCAAGCAGGCUGCCAAGCGAGGAGAAUCCGUCACCAAGAUGAAUCUGGAGUGGCACAAGCAGUUUAAGGAUCCUCAGCAGAGCGAAGGAUCCGCCCCGGCCGCCAAGUAGAAAACCACACCAAGUCCCUCUGCUCGCCCUAAAAAUUUCAUUUGGCCAAGCUGUCGUUUUCAGUUCCGAUAAAGAUCGGCUAAAAUCGCCAUAAAAGAUUUUGUAUAGGUUUAUGUCACUACAAAUUGAUUUACUAUAGAAAGUCCACAUUUAUAGUUGAUGUUAAGAUUGGUGCAAAUUUCCCUUUUUAAAAAUUAAUUAAUUGUCCAUGUUUUCAUACGUUUAACUAAAAAUCCAUAUUGUACACUCUUUAAAAAGUCAUUAUUAAAACCGAAUUGGCCAAUAAUCUA